AUGCCUGAUAUGAAUGCGCGCAUGGAUGCUGAAGCCUCCAUAAGUGGGCAGGAUGAUGGAGAAUCGGUGUAUGAUGGGCUGCCCUUUUACCAGCACAUGAUGGCAGGAGCACUGGCUGGCAUCGGGGAGCAUGUCGUGAUGUUUCCAGUGGACACGAUCAAGACACGCAUGCAGGCCUUGGCCCACCCGGGGCAGCAGCUGCACCUGUCUGUCAGGCACGCGAUGCGGGCGGUGCUGAGGCGGGAAGGCGUGGCGGGGCUGUAUCGUGGAGUCACAGCAAUGGCCCUUGGCGCCGGACCCGGCCACGCGCUCUACUUUGCCACAUAUGAAAAGGCCAAGCACCUGUAUGGCGGCAACCGGAAGGGCCACCAGCUCGUUGCCACGGCGGGUGCAGGCGCCACCGCCACGAUCGUGAACGACGCGUGUAUGACCCCGUGGGACGUGGUGAAGCAGCGGAUGCAGGUGUCCCACAGCCCUUAUCGCAACAUCUUUCACUGCGCCAAGUCCACCUACCGACACGAGGGCCUGUCGGCCUUUUACAGAUCCUACUGGACCACGCUGGUCAUGAAUGUGCCCUACACGGCCCUUCAGUUCAUGCUAUAUGAAUCCAGUAAGAAGCUGCUGGUGGGCGAGGGCACGGCCGACGAGGAGGAAGAAGGCCUCAAAGUCCAGUUCGUCGCGGGGGGGAUCGCCGGGGGCACCGCCGCCGCCGCCACCACGCCCCUGGACGUGGUCAAGACCCGGCUGCAGCUGGAGGGGCUGGGCAGCGCCACACGGUACCAGACCAUGUCCGUGAUCCCGGUCAUGCGGCGCAUCGCCGGCGAGGAGGGCGCCGCUGCGCUGUGGAGUGGCUGGCGGCCCCGCGUGCUCUUCAACGCGCCGGCCGCGGCCAUCUGCUGGGGCGUGUACGAGACAUGCAAGACUUUCCUGGCGGGGGAUGACGUGGCGGACCAGGCUUGA